UCGCGAGGUCUCAGAGAGAGUGGUCGUGUUUUAUAUAUUUAAGUAGAAAUAUAUUCGCGAGUGAAAAUGGGCAGUUUGUUGAAUACCGUGAUUGUUUUCCUGCUUGUUGGUUUGACCCAGUCUUCGAGGGACACCUACAGGGCUGGGGUCGCGAGCAGUCAACUUGGUUUUGAUGCGUACGCGCACCUCGUUCAGAAUGCGGCUAAAGCUAAUGUUGAUAUACUAGUGCUGCCUGUCCCUGAAGAUACAUCAGCUCUAAAAGUCAAUUUUGAUGAGGCAGUGAAAAUAAUCUCAAGCCUGGCAAAUGACAACAAAAUGUACGUCGUCUCACAUUUGCUAGAGAAGAUGCGAUGCCAGGGGAAGAUGGAAACUGUCAGGAGUAACCUGGUCUUCGACCGGCAGGGAUCCGUCAUUUCCGUCUACAGGAAACUCCUGAACCCCUCCACCGUCUGCAACCUCACGACCACCGAAGCCACCUUCCUGACAGACUUCGGUGUGACCUUCGGUGUGCUGAUGCCAGAAGAUUUGGUGCUGAGCCAUCUGCAGGGAAAGAACUUUGUGGUGACAGGAGAGUGGCACUCUGAAAUACCGGUGCUCUCAGCUCCUCAAUUCUUCAAAUCCUGGGCCUUCGCCACCAAUGCAAACCUGGUGUCGUCUUCUGGAGUAUUCGCCGGGAAGGCUGGAGAAACUGGUCAUGGAACUGACAUAGUUGUUGCUGAACUGAAAAAGAACGGAGAAGGUACCACCAAAGCUCCGUUCGCCACCUCAUCUCCGUACGUUCAGGAUCUGAGCCAGUUCACGGUGUGCCAUGACCAGUUCUGCUGCCACUUCCAUGUCAAAACUAGUGCCUCUGGAAACCAAGACCUAAACUUUGGUCUAGCUGCGUUCGAAGGUGUUCGUCAUUACGGGGGAGGACAAAACAUCGGUACUCAAGAAUGUGCUCUGCUACCUUGUGCUGGAGGCUCCAAGAACUCUUGCGAUAUUGGAUCCAUCAACAACACCAACGUAAUUUUCAACGAAAUCUCCAUCACCGCCAACUUCAAGCCCACAGAAUCUGCUCAAUUCCCGAUCAUCCUGGCCACCAACACUCUGUCAAACAGCCAAUUUCAUUUUGACAGUAAGUCAGAAAACAAUACGAACCAAGUAACUAUCAAACUUUAUGACGCACAGAAUCUUUUGAACUUCGGCAUUUUCGGAAGAGAUUUUUCAAAAGACUAUGUGAAUCAUAAAACUGUGAUCUAUGAUAAUGAUGGAUUGACAUAUAAGAUCUAUGAGUACAUCAAUAGUGAUGAGGUUCUGGAGUUCUGCGAUUAUCUCUGGAUCAGAUUGAGGGUACUUAUUUUCGUUGUUUCUAUUUACGUUUUGGAAAUGAUGUAAAUGUAAGUUUGUAAUUUAGUUUUUGUAAAAAUGUCAUCGCGCCAUAUUUUUUGUGAAUUUGCAUAAGCUUAAUAUGUUAAUGUUUAAACAUUGAAACGCAGCCAUACUUAUGGAUUUAAAUUAAAAAAUCAAUUUGCAUGCCUAUGAAUGUUGUUAGAGAUUUAUAUUUUUUUACUUAUAAACUUUUGGUCAAAAUUCAUAUGGCUUGCAUUUGAUUUGUAGUACCAUCGGCUACACUGUUAGCUGUAUAUUUGUAAUCCUUAUUAUAUGGGCAUAAAUUUAAGUCUACCGAUGGUUAGUUAAGGGUGUUGCUAUUUGUACCUACCUAAUUCAUAAAAUUUCUCGUUUUGCAUUUAGUUAUAUCAUCCCAGUUGUAUUAAUUGCGACGUUUUUCGUUAGUUAAGAUCUUGUCAGAAGUUACUCGUUUGUAAAAAAAAUCUGUGUACACUCCUAUUACCUACCAAAAGUACAUUUUUUAAGAUUUGGUAAUACGACGCGAAUAUUUUUGGCACAAACGAAUUACUACAAAAGAUUAUCAUAUUUUUUUAUUCGCAAAAAACCGGGGUCAAGUUAAGAAGCAAUAUUUGCACACAUUUUGGGGAAUACCGCAAAUAUAGCUUUGGCAUAAUUUAUUUCUGUAGGUAACUACUGUAUUGUUUUGGAGAUGAUGGCGAUGUUAUCUUCGUCACGUUUUUCACGUGUAACAUUUGAGGAAUAUGUAAUUCAGUGUGUGAAAAAACUAUGUA